GUAUCUAAAGAAGGUUGUGUCUCGCUGUUUGGCUACAAGUUCAAGAACACAUAAUAAAAUUACUACACAUUACACAGUUGUGCCAAGAGAAAGUGAUCCAAGAUGGAAAGAUGUGGAAAUGGAACGAUAUGGAGAUGAGGUAGAUGUUUUGGUUGUAGGAGGAGGACCUGCUGGGCUUGCUGCAGCUAUUAGACUAAAACAACUAAGCCUAGAGAAAAAUCACGAACUAAGGGUGUGUUUGGUAGAAAAAGCAACAGAAUUAGGUGCACAUACUCUGUCAGGAGCCUGUUUAGAAACACAUGCGUUUGAUGAACUGAUACCAGACUGGAGGGAGCGAGGAGCGCCAUUAAAAACAAAAGUCAAGGAAGACAAAUUCUUGUUUCUAACAGAAAAGAGUAGUUUUCGAAUUCCAAUAUUUAAAGGUCUUCCUAUGUACAAUCAUGGUAAUUACAUUGCUAGGCUUGGUAAUGUGGUGAAAUGGUUAGGAGAACAAGCAGAGGAGUUAGGUGUGGAGAUUUACCCUGGCUAUCCAGCCAGUGAGGUUCUGUACCAUGAAGAUGGGAGUGUGAAGGGUGUUGCAACCACUGAUGUUGGCAUAGGUAAAGAUGGCUCACCUAAGGUAAACGAUUUUAAAACCUAUGGAGGUUCAUUCUUGUACCAUCUUGAUGAAGGUUCUCCAUUGGUGGCUGUAGGUUUUGUGGUUGGCUUAGAUUACACCAAUCCAUAUCUUAGCCCUUACAGAGAGUUCCAAAGGUAUAAGCAUCAUCCAGCAAUAAGAUCAACCUUUGAAGGUGGUAAAAGGAUAGCAUAUGGUGCUAGAGCUCUCAAUGAGGGCGGCCUCCAAUCUAUUCCCAAGCUGGCAUUUCCGGGCGGUCUGUUGGCAGGAUGUAGUCCGGGAUUCAUGAACGUACCAAAGAUAAAAGGAACACACAACGCUAUGAAGAGUGGUAUGCUGGCUGCUGAAUCAAUCUUUGACAAAUUAACAGAUGAAAAUUUUACCUCAGAAACAACAGGUAUAUAUUGUGACGAAUAUGAGGCUCGUGUUAAGAAGAGUUGGAUUUGGAAGGAAUUGCAAUCCGUUAGGAAUAUUCGGCCCUCAUUCAAUAACCCACUUGGGGUAUUUGGCACCAUGAUGUAUACUGGAUUAUUCUAUUUCAUUGGCAGGGGAAAAGAACCAUGGACCUUAAAACACAAACACAAAGAUUCUGAAACAUUGAAACCAGCCUCACAGUGUACCCCAAUUGAGUACCCAAAGCCUGAUGGAGAAAUCAGCUUUGAUCUACUGAGCUCAGUUGCAUUAAGUGGAACAAACCAUGAGGGCGACCAACCAGCUCAUCUCACAUUAAUGGAUGACAGUGUUCCUGUUGAUAGAAACCUUGCCGUAUAUGAUGGACCAGAGCAGAGGUUCUGUCCAGCAGGUGUUUAUGAGUAUGUACGUGUUGAAGAAGGUGAUGGAAUGCGAUUACAAAUCAACGCUCAGAAUUGUGUACAUUGCAAAACCUGCGACAUCAAAGAUCCGAGUCAGAACAUUAACUGGGUUGUACCAGAGGCUGGAGGCGGGCCUGCCUACAGUGGCAUGUGAGAUGGUUGUGUAAAGCAAGCAAUAAACUACAGAACAGUACAUUGGAAAGGUUCUGAAGCUGAUGGAAUAAUUUAAAUAUCAGAAAUGUUUUCUCGAUAAGGAUCUUUAGGGGUAAAUGACAUGGUGUGCAUUAGCAAUGCACAUGCUAUGCAUGUUUAAGACUGCAAUGCAAACUUUAAAUUAAAAUAUCGUCCUUGAGACAUUCAAGAUGAAUGAUACUCUAUUCAAAAUAAAAAAUAUGUCUAUGUUCUAUUUUACUGAAUAUUGUGUGUUACCUAUUUAUAAAUCUAAGAUAUUCUGGACUAAUAUACUAAAUAUUUGAAGAUGUACAGAUUAAAGUAGCAUGGACUUAAAAACGAA